AGGUCCUUUCUUAGACAGGGUUUUCUGGCUAGGAGGAGAUCAAAUUUUCAAGGAAAUCAAUUCCCAUUGGCUGUUGAUGCUGCUCAGAAGGCUGUAGUUAUUCGUGCUAGAGCUUAUAAUGGUAGCAGGGUUGCUAAGUUUCAUAAACCAAGGGUUCAAGCUCCACCUGUCCAGAGAAGUUCUCCAAAUGGAGGGUUUGCUGCAAAGCCACAUAAGCAGCAGGACAAGGAGCAACUGGGGAAGUCAGUGCCAAAGCAGAAGCCUCAAACACUGGACUCACUGUUUGCCAAUAUGAAGGAGGAGCGAAUGAGGGUCUUUCCACACAAGAAUAAUGUUGUACUACGAAAUAGUGGUGGCAGUGGUGGCCGGCAAAGACCACCAUGGACAAGACGCCAAUUUGGCAACUAAUUCUGCUUUUGCUGAUAAGGUGGAAUUUCUUGGUGUCAAAGGAUGAGGUGGUGUCCUACAGUUGCAGUGAACCUUUUCAUUUCUUCAAACAUUAGUUGAUGUAAAGCUGGGAGUUGUUAGUUCAGGACCUCUGUUUACAUUUUCUAGUUACUUGUUUUGUGCAAUAAUUGAUUCCAAUUUCCGGUUCAUCUGUAUAGUCUUUUUAUCAGGUGUGGUUGGAUUUUCAACUGGAAUGAUCAAUUAAUUUCAAGUUUCUACAGUCUUCACUUGCAA